UGACCAAUGGGAUGAGGGAGGCGGUGGAAAGGGUGAGCCCGGACAGCCAUGGACGGGGAGGGCGCGUACGAGCCGGGCUUCGUGGGGAUCCGGUUCUGCCAGGAGUGUAACAACAUGCUGUACCCCAAGGAGGACAAGGAGAACCGGAUCCUGCUCUACGCUUGCAGGAACUGUGAUUACCAGCAGGAGGCCGACAACAGCUGCAUCUACGUCAACAAGAUCACGCACGAAGUGGAGUGAGAGCCCAAACAUCCCAUAAACACCCCCAAAAUACCCCCAAAA